GACUAGUUCACUUCCUGCUGGUUUUGCCAUGGAUUUCGAUAUGUGCUGGGCGAGUGCCACUCGGCGGGUAGAGGUCAUCACAUCUACAUCUGCCGCCGAGGAGGCCAUCAGUUCCAUCCUUCGGGGCUUUUCAUCUGAGGUUGUUCAUCACGUCGGUUUUGACACAGAAUGGGGUUCAAGUGGUGAAGUUGCUGUGGUUCAAUUGGCCAACGAGACCAGCUGCUUGCUAUGUUUGCUUCCCGAAGUGUGUCUGAAUGAUUGCCCUUCCUUUUUGGCGCUGUUGGGAGACCCACAACUGCUGAAGAUGGGUGUGGCAGUGGCGUUGGAUGCUGAACUGCUCAAGAACCAGUUCAAGAUCGAGAUGAAAGGUUGCGUCGACCUGUCUCGGCUGGCCAUGAGAGAAGGGGAGGUCAGGCCAGGUGCACAGCCCAUGGGUCUUGCUGCCUUGACUCGGUUGCUUUUGGGGAUCGAACUGUCCAAAGAUAUGGCCAUCCGCCGAUCCAACUGGGCUGAGCGCCCACUGUCGCGCGCACAGCUGGAGUAUGCGGCCCGCGAUGCUUUGGCGGGCCACGAUUGUGGCUUGGCAUUGGCCAGAAAGCAUAAACCACCCGGGAUGAAAUUGUGGGACUGGUGUCAGGACUUAGUUGACAAAGGCAAGGACGCAAAGACAGGGAAGCUCAAGAAAACCAAUGGCGGCAAUGGCGAUUGCGCACCUUGCAUGAACCCGGAGCUAAAAGGUGUGAGCAAGGCCACCUUGGACUGUGAGGCUUACUCAUGUGUAAACAAGUUUGGAUUGCGACCCGUAUAUGGGAGUGAUGGCCAACAACUGUUGCACAUGAAAGACCGGACCGUGGAAGGAUUAUUGCGGAGAGGAAUGGCAUCUACGUGCAGAGAGGGAGAGAUGGACAUCAUAAGGCUUCACUUUACACCCACGGAUCACUACGCUUAUGCUGGUUUGGACGCUGCUGAGCGGAAUGCAUGUGUUGGCUGUGGAUCCUAUGGCGUCGCCCGAUACUACAUCAUUCCCAGGGUCUUUUUCUGCCACUUGCCACAGAAGUGCAAGUCGUAUAACUGCCACGAUGUGGUGAUGCUGUGUCCACGAUGCCGUGCCAUAGCAGAGCCAGCACAGCUCGCACUGACACAGGAGCUUCUGGCCUCUCACGGAGCCCUUCGUGCGGGAUCUUUGUAUGCGAAUGAAAACACCUUGACGCCCACACAGAUCGCGGCCAAGAAAGCAGCCGUCACCCUGCGACGGGCCCAAAAGGCGGCGCAAGCCAUACCUGCUGCCAAACUCACUGCCUUGCACGAAGCGGUGGCUGCAGGCUUAGGCAUGCCGCUCACGGACGGGUCCGUGGGUGACACCCAUUUGGCUUUGGCCGAGAUGUUGGGCGCCGGCCGUUUGCCCAGCGAGCGAGUGGUGGAGUCGGCGGCCCGCAGCCCCGAGAGCUUGCGGCGCUUCCUGCGGCUUUGGCGUGAGAGCUUCGUGGAGGUGUUGAAACCGAAGUAUUUGGCUGAGGGCUGGAGCUUGGACACAGGUCUGGACGGGCGCUUUGUUCCAUCCGUGGCGUCCUCCUUGGAAUGGCCAGGGGAUUGGCGCUGCCACUCCUGCGGGGUUCAUUGCUUUGGGCGAAGUGAUUGGUGCAGGUGUUGCAACGAACCACGGCCCACAGCCACAGGGGGUUCCCCUGCCAGCACGUAAAGAUCUUUAUCCUCAAACCACAUCGCACCGCACUGCAGAACCCACGGGUGGAGGAAAGGACCUACGGGGUGCCCCGGGUGGAGAGGACGGUUUCUUUCGAUGCCACAAGAUGCGCUGAAGCAAAUCAUGAAGCAAUUCAGUCUGAGCCUACAAGAUGACAUUUGCAUCAAGGCCAAUUGGCCAAACGUUUGCCUUCAAGGACAGUGAGGACAAAGCAUGGGUACAAAA